AUGGGCGCGGUCGUCUCUUGUCUCCGCUCCAUCUGCCAGAGCAUCGGUGCUUGCAUCAUGGCAGUCGUCAACGCCAUCGGCUCCAUCUGCAUGGCCAUCAUCAACGGCAUCAUCAGCGUGUUUGACAUCAUCGUCAGCUGCCUGACCUGCAACCGCGUGGGCCGUCGAAGACACCGACACCGGACCACAACAAGUACAAUCUAA